AUGGCAGUUCCAAUAGUUAUAUUGAGUAAUUAUGAUGUUAACGUGUUGCAAGCAGCUUUAGAAGAACAUGGUUUAGAAACUCAAUGGUUUGAUUCUAGAAAAGAGGAUGCUACAGUUUGGAAUUUAGAUUCAAAAUUAUCAAAACCUCAUAAAUUUUUAAAUUCAGAAGAGGUAAGUAAAGGCUAA